CAACAAACAUCAAAGCACAUUAACAAAAUGACUAAAGACCUCACCUUCGACAUCCGCUACGACAACGAACUCGCCCACGACUAUUACGGCGACGGCAAGCAACUCGCCGACAAUCUCCGAGACGUCUACCAUGACAAAAAUCUGACAUUUCCCGAUGAUUUCGAGUCGACUACGACGGUCCCGCCGAUUCAUUUUAUGGGGGUCACCGCACCAGAUGACGUGAAUGUAGAUGAACUUAAGGAUGUCGAAGUCCCGGGGCUGGCGGUUGAUAUUCUGGAUUUGAAGAUGUAAAUGUGACAAACAGUUUGUAUGUAGUUAAUAUCGAGGUGUGAAAUGUGUACACGGCGUACAGAGUAG